AUCAUGGCAGACUGGACAGAAUGUAUGAACUAUGGCAUCCAUAUUGCUAAGCAAGCCAGAGAGGUGAUCCUUGAUGCCUUUAGGAUCAAGAAAUCAGUGAUGCUGAAGAGCUCCCCUGCGGACCUGGUGACAGAGACGGACCAGAGGGUGGAGAGAAUGCUCAUAUCCGCCAUCAGGGAGAAGUACCCGCUGCACAAGUUCAUCGGGGAGGAAUCAGUGGCUGCUGGUGAGCCUGUUGUUCUAACGGACAGCCCCACCUGGAUUAUUGACCCCAUCGAUGGCACCGCCAACUUUGUGCACAGGUUCCCCUUUGUGGCUAUUUCUAUUGCUUUUGCUGUGAAUAAGCAGACUGAGUUUGGCAUCGUCUACAGUUGUGUAGAGGACAAGCUCUAUCGUGCUCAGAGAGGGAGGGGGGCUUUCUGUAAUGACAUACCCCUCUACACCUCUGGCCAGGAUGAUAUCACCAAAUCCUUGGUGGUGACGGAGAUUGGGGCGGAGCGGGAUGAGCUGGCACUGUCCACGAUGACGUCCAACAUUCUGCGGCUCCUGCAGAUCCCCAUCCAUGGAAUCCGGGCCGUGGGGACGGCAGCGGUGGACAUGUGCCUGGUGGCCACCGCGGGGGCAGACGCCUACUACCACAUCGGCAUGCACUGCUGGGACAUCGCCGCCUCCGCCCUCAUUGUGACGGAGGCCGGGGGCGUGGUCAUCGACACUGAUGGGGGCGAGUUUGACAUGAUGUCCCGGAGGGUGAUUGCCGCCAGCAGCAGCACGGUAGCCCACAGGAUCGCUCAAGUGGUCCGAGCCUUUCCCUGCGAGCGUGACGAUGGCCGCCCUGCCCACAGUGGUGAGGGUCCGACAGAGCAAAGCAACAAGGAGCGCAACUGGAGCGCCAAUGGAGCCCACAAUGGCACUGCCAAUGGGGAUUUGGGCAGUUUUUUUAAUUGA